CCAUUCYACAGAAUCGCUCUUGCCGAAGGAGUACAGGUACUGCAGCAAGAGCAAGCAGCAUUUGUGCGACAUAACCUAGAAAUAGCAACUUCGCGCGGCGGCAUCCGCCCAGGUCCAACGAACACUGCACUUGGAAUGCGAUAAUACUUUUUUGCACAAGAUUGCGGGCACAACGUAUUCAACGGACCGCCGGAUUAAAAUCACACAAAGCAAUAACAUGACAAUGACCAAAAUAUCCAAACCGGCCGUGGUCCUUCUGAUCCUGGGACUGCUGCACGCCGGAAAUCUAGUGGAGUCCUUUUCUUCGACGCCCGCACCCUCCAGGAUUGCUGUUUGUUCGACGACCAAAGCUACCGGUUCCCACCACUUUUACCAAUCGAUCGUCCCACAACGAACCACCCGACCCCUGCACCACUCCUUCGCACCAAAGGCAUCCUCCUCUGCUCUGGGCGUGGCGACGGGACUGGCGGAACAGACCGACGAAGAGACGUCGGACGGCGAUGGCGAAGGCGACGAGGGAGGACUCCCCGAGUUUGGGCCCGACGGCCUGUGGCACAUUACGAACGAGGCGGAGUACAAGUAAGUCGAUUGGAUUGGAUUGGAUUGGAUUGGAUUCGGUGCGCAAAAAAUGGAAGGCGGUGCAGUCGAUUCGUCUCUGUGGGCAUCAUCAGUGAAACUAUUGUUGCGGGUCCCCACAGACGGUCGCAACUGGGCUGCGGUUCCUAUUAUUCGUUUCWGUUUUGCCGCAGAAUGCUGGUAUUUUGUAUUUCGUAUUUCUCACGUCCAAUUUUUCUGUUCUCGGUUGCAACAGAGCCGUGUUGGAGAACAACAAGGACAAGCUGAUAGUUCUGAAAGUAUUCGCUCCUUGGUGCAAAGCUUGCAAGGGAUUAGCGCCAAAAUUUCAGAGGCUAGUCAAUGACGAAAAAUACMAAGACUUGCCGAUUGUAUGGGCCGAUCUCAACAUCCAGGGCAACAAAGAUUUCGUGAAGUCCAUCGGUGUCUUGGCUCUUCCGACCGUUCAGCUGUACGCCGGAGACGGUCUCAAAACCGAUACAUUUCCCUGCGGUCCAUCAAAGGUCCCCAUAUUGAAACGCAAGCUGGUUAAACUCGUCAAUGACCACGUCGAUGCGAAGACUCGUACCUUGAAGUCUGCCAGCCCAUCUACUGUCGAAACUGCCAAUGUGACCGCUGUCUCGAACGAGGCCGCCAAUGGAACUGUCUCCGUUCCGCCCGUUUCGACCAAAGACGAGGUACCCAAAAACAGCACCACCACUGCUGGUGCGGMUGCGGCAACKGCUCCAGAGCCGGCUGAUACUGAAGAAACUAUCGAAGAGGUUAUUGAGCGCGAAAAGUCUACUCUGCGAAACGUCAAAUACCUCUCUGAUAUGCUGGAAUCCGAAUACGAGGAACUACUGACGAAGGCAACCUUGCUCACAUUCGAGGCCGGUUCGAUUGUCAUGCGCGAGGGCAAUGUGGGACGAACCUUUUAUAUUAUUUUGGAGGGAGAAGUGGAGAUUUGCCAGAGAACCUCCUUUGAGGAUCCACUGACCACGCCUCCGUCUUAUCUGGGAACCGUAAUCAACCAGUUUACCAACAAGGGAGACUUCUUCGGAGAACGCGCCCUUAUCACGGGUGAACCCAGAGCCGCUAGUAUCAGAGCCAGCUCCCGAACGAAGUGUCUCGCGUUUGACAAGGGAUCCUUCCCCAAGUCUAGCUUAUUGAGCGGACUUACGACCAAGCUUUCUUCUGCUGACAAGCAACAAGAAAUCGAGGAUAUCAACGACAAGUACGGCGUAGCCUUUAGUGAUAUCGGAGAUAUCAAGGACGAAAAGCAAUACAGGGAAUCACUUGUCGCCUCGCAGGUCCGUGGAAGCGCCAAUACUCCUGGACCCAUCGCCGGUGUUGAUACCGACGAGGAACAAGAAGCAGAUCAAAGCAAUGUUGUGGGCGAUCCCAGCGCGCUGGGAGUCGGUACCGAAACAAUGGUAAACCUGCUGAUCCGUCUCAAAUUGAUUCGGUCUAUUACCCGCUGUUUCGAUUACACCGUCAAGUAUAAACUCAAGUUUGGCGAUCCCGGAUCGAGAAGACGGCGAAACAUUCUGGUCAGCAAGCUUGCACCCAUGCAGAGGACAUAUAUUGAGGACGCCUUCCAACUCAUCGACGACGACGCCUCAGACGAAAUCAACCUCAUGGAAUUGCGAAGGGUCAUGGAUUCUGUAGGGGAAAGCAAGUCUGAUGCGGAGCUCCUCGACGUCAUCGAAGGACCCAAGAAAAACUACGCACCCUGGCAAGAAAACAAAAACGAUAACCAGUACAAGACAAUUACCAAGGAGGACUUUUUUGGUCUGAUGGCAGAAUCCGAGACCUACCAAUUGUUCAUUGAUACGUUCAAGACGCUGGAUCCGCAAGACUCUGGUUUCGUUCGAGCAAGGGAUCUCGAUGCGAUUCUGUGCGGUGUUCGCGAUUUGAUCAGCGACGAUCGCAAGUCGAUCAUCGACGUGGAGGACGACGAGAUGAUGGUGGAUUACGAGCAGUUUUCGAGAAUGCUUCUGGGAACGGCCCUGAAGUCAUAACGAGCGAAACAGGAAAGCCACUGCAUCGCACCGCACCGCACGGCAAGGGAAUAAAAAUCGACUCGAUGC